GAGGAAGAAGGUUACAAAAGCUAAAUAGGACGCUGCCAUCGUCAAAGCCCUCAGUUGCUGUAGCUCACCGCCAGUGUUUGUCACUCUGUCAUCCACACUUUUCCUCGCUUUCGGCAUAAUUCUUGGACAGCGGCCGCGUGUGGUUUAUUUAUUUUAAAAAUACUCCUACCAGGACAACAAAAACAUGAGUGUGGAGGCGUACGGGCCGAGCUCACAGACUCUUACCUUCCUGGACACCGAGGAAGCAGAGCUGCUGGGAGCAGACACUCAGGGCUCUGAAUACGACUUCACCGAUUUUACCCUGCCGAGCCAGACCCAAGGCCAGACCCAGAGCCACCUAGACCACCAGGUUAACGGCCCUGGAGGUAUCCUGCAAAAUGGAGACGACCCUGUGGUCAAAGCUAGUCAGUUGCUGGCAGAGUUGAACUUUGAGGAGGAUGAGGAGGACACCUACUAUACUAAGGACCUCCCUAUACAUGCUUGCAGUUACUGUGGGAUUCACGAUCCAGCAUGUGUGGUAUACUGCAACACCAGCAAGAAGUGGUUCUGUAAUGGCCGUGGAAACACCUCUGGCAGUCACAUUGUGAACCACCUGGUGAGAGCAAAGUCCAAGGAGGUGACCCUGCAUAAAGAUGGCCCGCUGGGGGAAACUGUGCUGGAGUGCUACAACUGUGGCUGUCGUAAUGUCUUCCUGCUGGGCUUCAUCCCUGCAAAGGCUGACUCGGUGGUGGUGCUUCUGUGCAGACAGCCAUGUGCCAGUCAGAGCAGCCUCAAGGACAUCAACUGGGACAGUUCCCAGUGGCAGCCUCUCAUUCAGGACCGCUGUUUCUUGUCUUGGCUGGUCAAAAUUCCCUCAGAGCAGGAGCAGCUCAGGGCCCGUCAGAUCACGGCCCAACAGAUCAACAAGCUAGAGGAGCUCUGGAAGGAAAAUCCUAGUGCAGCCUUGGAAGACCUGGAGAAGCCAGGCGUGGAUGAGGAGCCUCAACAUGUUCUGCUACGCUAUGAGGAUGCCUACCAGUACCAGAACAUCUUUGGUCCUCUUGUCAAGCUGGAGGCUGACUAUGAUAAGAAGCUUAAAGAGUCACAGACUCAAGACAAUAUUACAGUCAGAUGGGACCUGGGUUUGAAUAAAAAGAGGAUUGCUUAUUUCACUCUGCCUAAGACAGACUCGGAUAUGCGACUGAUGCAAGGAGAUGAAAUCUGCCUGAGGUACAAAGGGGAUCUGGCUCCUAUGUGGAAAGGCAUUGGACAUGUCAUCAAAGUCCCUGACAACUACGGUGAUGAGAUUGCCAUCGAGCUGAGGAGCAGUGCUGGCGCUCCAGUGGAGAUCCCACACAACUUUCAAGUGGACUUUGUGUGGAAGUCCACAUCCUUUGACAGGAUGCAGAGUUCUCUGAAGACAUUUGCUGUGGAUGAGACCUCCGUGUCUGGUUACAUCUACCACAAACUGCUUGGCCACGAGGUGGAGGAUGUGGUCAUCAAGUGUCAGCUACCCAAACGCUUCACUGCGCAAGGACUGCCUGACCUCAACCACUCCCAAGUGUAUGCAGUAAAGACAGUGUUGCAACGCCCCCUCAGUCUGAUCCAAGGUCCGCCUGGCACUGGAAAGACGGUGACCUCUGCCACCAUCGUGUACCACUUAGCCAGACAGGGCAAUGGACCAGUCCUGGUGUGUGCUCCCAGUAACAUUGCUGUGGACCAGUUGACAGAGAAGAUCCACCAGACUGGACUCAAAGUGGUGAGACUGUGCGCCAAGAGCAGGGAAGCCAUCGACUCUCCCGUGUCUUUCCUGGCUUUGCACAACCAGACACGUAACAUGGACAGUAUGCCAGAACUUCAGAAACUCCAACAGCUAAAAGACGAGACUGGAGAGUUGUCUUCCUCUGAUGAAAAACGUUACAGGGCUCUACGUCGCACUGCCGAGAGGGAGCUGUUGAUGAAUGCUGAUGUGAUCUGCUGUACCUGUGUUGGGGCCGGUGACCCCCGUCUGGCUAAGAUGCAGUUCAGAUCAAUCUUGAUAGAUGAGAGCACACAGGCAACUGAGCCAGAGUGCAUGGUCCCUGUGGUCCUUGGAGCAAAGCAGUUGAUUUUGGUGGGUGAUCACUGCCAGCUGGGCCCGGUGGUGAUGUGCAAGAAAGCAGCCAAAGCAGGACUGUCACAAUCUCUCUUUGAGCGUCUGGUAGUUUUGGGGAUUCGACCAAUCCGUCUGCAGGUUCAGUAUCGCAUGCACCCGGCCCUCAGUGCCUUCCCCUCCAACAUCUUCUAUGAAGGCUCACUGCAAAACGGAGUCACUGCUGGUGACCGUGUGAAGAAAGGCUUUGAUUUCCAGUGGCCGCAGCCUGACAAGCCCAUGUUCUUUUAUGUCACUCAAGGCCAAGAAGAAAUCGCCAGCUCUGGAACAUCGUACCUCAACAGAACUGAGGCAGCUAAUGUGGAGAAAAUAACAACGAGGUUGCUGAAGGCUGGAGCCAAACCUGACCAGAUCGGUAUCAUCACCCCAUACGAGGGGCAGAGGUCCUACUUGGUCCAAUACAUGCAGUUCAGUGGAUCCCUUCACACCAAACUAUACCAGGAGGUGGAGAUUGCCAGUGUAGAUGCAUUCCAAGGCAGAGAGAAGGACUUCAUCAUCUUGUCCUGUGUGAGGGCCAAUGAGCACCAGGGCAUCGGAUUCCUCAACGAUCCACGCCGUCUUAAUGUGGCACUCACAAGAGCCAGGUACGGUGUGAUCAUUGUGGGGAAUCCCAAAGCUCUGUCCAAGCAACCCUUGUGGAACCACUUGCUGAACUACUACAAGGAGCAGAAGGUGCUGGUGGAAGGGCCCUUGAACAACCUGAGAGAGAGUCUCAUGCAAUUCAGCAAGCCCCGCAAGCUGGUCAACACCAUCAAUCCUGGAGGGCGAUUCAUGAGCACAGCCAUGUAUGAUGCCAGGGAAGCCCUUAUUCCUGGAUCUGUUUAUGAUCGCAGCAGCAAUGGGCGUACAUCCAACAUGUACUUCCAGACCCACGACCAGAUUGGAAUGAUAGGUAGUGGUCUGAAUCCCAUGACUUCCCUGAACAUCCCCAUUCCCUUCAGCCUCGUCAUGCCCCCUAUGCCACCUCCUGGGUACGUCGGUCAGGUCAAUGGACCGACAGCAGGUCGUGGAGGUGGCAUGAAGGGAAAAGCUGGUGGAGGGGGCGGCACUCGAGGUAGUCGCCAGAGAAACCGCAGCAACAUGGGGAACCACAGCGGAGGGGGCCAUAUGAGUGGCAGCCAGGCCAGCCAGGACCUGGGCUCCCAGCCCUUCUCCCAGGGGCCUCUGACCCAAGGCUACAUCAACAUGAGUCAGCCGUCACAGAUGAGCCAGCCUGGGCUCUCCCAGGCGGAGCUUUCCCAGGACAGUUACCUAGGAGAUGAGUUCAAGUCGCAAAUUGAUGUGGCGCUAUCUCAAGACUCCACCUACCAGGGGGAGCGAGCCUACCAGCAUGGUGUGACUGGACUGUCCCAGUACUAGACUCUUGCUGAAAGGAGCUUGGCCUGUGUGAGCUCAGUUCAUCAGAAUUCAAAAUCUGGGUGAUAACAAAAAAGAACAAACAAGGAUACCCGUUUUCCACCGCUACACCACUGUGUGAAAGUAACAGGAGCGAGAAAACCAACCAAUCACAGGAGAGGAGAGCAAAGAUGGAAGCACAGCGAGGGGGCAGCGUGCCAGGCUGACGCAGGAGCGAAGGCACUGCUUCCUUGCACGCGCCAAGGCAAGCCCAAGGAGAAAGCUGGCGUCUUUGGCUUCAGCGCUGUUGGAGGGACGAGACCUUUCGCGGGUUUGCGAAGAAGAGGAAAGCUCUAUUUGGUUGACAACUGGAGGGCGGGGGUGUACUGUGUAAAAUCUGGCCCUUGUGUGCCCCUGAAUCCCUCGAGGAUCUCCAGCCUGUCUGGUUGCACACGAUGCUCCAAAAGCUGAGAAAGAUGGAGGUGUCUCACACAUCUGUCCUCCUAGCUAACUGCCCUACAGGAUGAGACACAGAGCGAGGGGACACAAGGGGGGAACUUUUUCCAAACUCCCAAGUCUUUGGCUAUUCGAGUGAACUCUUGUCACCGGACAUUUGGGGAUCACAAAGCCACUGCUCAUUCACACAAAGCUUCUCUGUAAAGAACAUGUGGUGGAAUCAGCUCUUUAAACACCACAGACCGUUUGUUCUUCUACAUCCAUCGUUCUACCAGAAUGACGCUGCUUGUUUUGCUUUAAAGCAUGAAGACCCUCACGGCUUGUGGUACUAAUAUAACAGGACUCAUAAAGAGAAUGUAUACGAGACCACCAUCUAAUGUAAGGUUAUGCCGCAGCUGCCCUACUAAAUUAACAGCAUUGGUAAUUACCCAAAUUAUUUUUAUUUUUAUACGUCAGUAGGGAGAACCUGUUAAAAUGAAACAAUAUUAUUUUGCAAAAGGCCUGAAGAAAUUGUCAAGCACAUUAUUUGUUGAUUAUAGUUAUUUAGGAGUAAACAUAGUUGUAGUGUUUGAGUGUUACACUUGAUUCCUUUCUGACUUUUCCAAUUUGGAUAUAAAAAGGUGAUUUGAGUUUUCUUGUUUUUCACGCAUGCGGAGCACUGUACUCCCUCCGAGACACCCCACCGUAUUUCGACUCAAAUGCCGUGUAUUAAGGCUGCUCUAGUUGUUGUGUUUCCAGAUCAUUUGAAUCCAUCAGAGUUGGACCAUCUUCAAUAACUUUGUCUCAUCUUUGUGUUUGUUUUGUACUGUGGUUGCUCGUGUUCUUACUUUUUAUUAUUCUACAUUCAUCUCAGUAUUACUAUAUUGAUUGUCAUCUGCAUAUAUUGAGUUGCUACAUCUAACAGAUCUUUUCAGCAACACACACGUUUAGCAUGCUAUAUUAUGGAAACAUUCAGAUGCACGUCUUCCCCGAGAAGAGCUUCUGUUGUGAUUUCAUGAUUUAUCACAUUGAUUUCUGAUCCUAUAUUAUUCCUGUCACAGGGUUGCAUUAUUGUGAUUUUUGUCCAAUAAUGGAUAGUGAUUGUUCUGAUUGUGCUCAGAAAUAUACAACUAUUGGAAAAUUAUUAUUUUUUUCUUUUUGCUUCUCUGUUUGAGUGAUGCUUUGAUUGUUGUAGACUUUGAUGUUUGCUGUGGUGGUGUUGGUGCAGACAAAGUGCAUUUGAGCGUGUUCUUGGCUUUUAUUUUUCAUGACAACAGCUCAGUAACAACGUGUGAGAAACAACCGCCAUGACGCUCCGCCACCAUCCUUGAAAUAGAACAAUGGAGGUAACAUGCAGAAGACAAGGCCUGAAGUAUCCCUAAAGUCCUUGAAAGCAUCACAGCAGCGGUCUAAGAAGAUGCGGUGGGCGCUUUAAAGUAUGUUUCUUAUCAGCAAGUUAAACUUAAGCUGCACUGUGCCUUAUUGAUUACGUCAUUUGGAGAACACUUAAUGACCCUUAUCUGAAUUUAGCAUUUACCCUAAUGUGAGUUCUAGCGCUAACGAGGCAUACAGGCUGCUCAAACUCUCAAAAUGUUGCUCUUUGGUGUCUUCAUUCACAUAGUUUAAGUUGGGCACCCUUACCUCACCAAUAGCCAUUUUCCCCUACCCACUUGACCUUGAUCAUUUAUUUCAACCAUGCUGUCUUAUUGCAGCUGCAUAAUGCAUGAAGCACUACACGCACACAAUCAGGCUGUUAAUGCAGUAUUCAUGUGUGCUUGUGUUGACAGGGCAGUCCAUCAUGUCUCAUUUUGACUGCGUAUGCGACACCACCACCACCACCGGUUCCUUGGUCAUAAAUACAGUAAAACAAGGCCUCUUAUCAGUCAGAAUAACAAAUAUGCAGUUUCUUCGAUCCUAAACUUGUACUACAUGUAAAACAAGCACCGGUUGUCCUAAGUAUAUACUAUAUGUUGCACUUGUAAGUAAGCAGUUACCUUGAAGUUAUUGCAUUGUUUCCCAUUUAAGCAACACAAAGCGCAGAUGGGUAAAAACAUGUAAGUGCUGCGUAGGCCAACAUCUAGAAUAUCGUGAGUCCUUGUCCAGCUCCAUCUUCACGUUUUUCAUUUUCCUACUCCUCCUCCAUUCGCAUUAUUUGUCGAUGAGCUUCACAAGGCUCUGGCGGAGGUCAUUGAGGUCAAAGAUCUUGAUAUCUAGAAUUUCGAUGGCCCUCUGAAGCUCAGUGUCCAAGCGAUCUCGUUCGUCCAGAGAGUUGCUCAAGUUUUGCUCCGUGUUCUGGAUGCGUCGCUCCAACUCGGAAUUACGCAUCUCCACUUCCUGUAGAAGAAUAGAAGCCGUCACAGUAAUGUCAAAUGUGGUGCUGGGCACAUCACUUCAUUUAGGUCGAGUGCGAUCCAAAACGAUAGCUUUAUGCCAGUUGAGCAAUCAUUUUAUUGUUGUAUUUGUACUUGGCAGUGAUGUGGAGCUUUAGUAUUUAGGCUUCAGAUUGAUAUUAUUUUCAUUUAAAAAUUAAAAUCAUAACUCAUGCUUGCGCACUUGCUCAGUAUUGGAUCAACAUUUUUUUUCCUGCUUUUCCCUCCAGGUUACUGAUCUUAUUUAAGGACAGGAAGAAAAGCUUUGACUCCCUUAGCCGCCACUUGGUUUACAUGUCUGAACCUGUAGACCAAGUUUAGACUGUAUGUAGAUAUGAUGAGUAUUGAUUAAAACGUUUCUCAUUUGGACAAAAGCUGUAUGGUGAGAACAGGGCAGCCAGAUUCCAACUAUGACAUGGCUACUAUGGAUGAUGGUAAUACAGUCAUAUAGAAGCACACAAACAGUACUUUCGCCAAACAUGGCAAUCCCAAUCAGUGAGUGACGUGGCUGUUUUUCCCCCCCAUCAGAGUUAAAUCAGCUGCUUGCUACUUGUUGAUGUCCAAGGAGAAUCUGUAGUAAUUCUACAUUUGAUCAACCUACGUACAUUCAGGCUUGUCCACACAGUUGAUCACCGAGCAGUUCUAGUGAAUCUCAUUGAUUUUGGCUAAGCACCAGCUUAGCUUGUACUUUCCUUAAUGUUAAAAUCUCAUCUCAAUUUCAAGAAAAAAGGUGAAAAAGCGCAUUAUUAAAUUCCGUCUUUGCUCUGCUUUCCCCCUUUUUGCUGUUUUUUUUACCCAAAAAAAUAACGUCAACAUCACUGGUGGUGGAGGAUGCAUCAUGGUUUGGGGAUGUUUUGCUGCCUCAGGGCCUGGACAACUUGCAAUCAUUCAUGGAAAAACGAAUUCCAAAUUCAGGAUGUUUUACAGGAAAACCUGAGGCCGUCUGUCAGACAGUUGAAGCUAAAAAGUGGAUGGAUGCUGCAACAAGACAAUGAUCCAAAACACAGAAGUAAAUCAACUUCAGAAUGGUUU